UAUUUAUUUUUCUUUCAUUAUUUAAAAAAAUUGUUUAUUUCCAUAUGUUUUCCUUUGUUAUUAUUUUUAAAUUUUUUCUGUCUCGAAUUUAUUUUUCUUUAUAUUUUGUUCCUGCUUUUCCAUUUAUUUUUAUGUGUUCUUUCCUGGUAUUUUUUAUAAAGCUACGACAAACCGCGGCGCCGCACUUGACGAAAAAAAGAUGAAAACGAGGAAGUAAAGACUGGGAGGGGAAUAAAUAAAUAUAUAAAUAAAUAAAUUGUUGCCAUGCCAGUCUAAAAUAUAUUUUUGAACUAGAAAA